AUGGAAAUUGAGAAUUUCACCUCUGAAUCAAUGCUCAUCCUUGUGGGACUCACCAACCAUCGAAAGGAACAGAUCCUGCUCUUUGGGGUCUUCCUCACAAUCUACUUGCUUACAAUCUUCGGUAACCUGAUGAUCAUCGUAUUGGUGCAGAUUGACACCCAACUUCACACUCCUAUGUACUUUUUUCUCAGCCAUCUGGCAGCCAUGGAGAUUGUGUAUGUCACUAGCAGUUCACCUCAGUUAUUAACUCAUCUCAUGGCUGGAAAUGGAGUGAUUUCCUUAACGCAAUGCAUGUUACAGGGUUACAUUGCUUUGAGCACAGGAUGUACGGAAUGUCUGCUGUUGGGUGUCAUGGCUUAUGAUCGCUACUUGGCCAUCUGCAAGCCCCUGAGAUAUGCUUCUGCCAUGGACAGGAAGCACCGACACCUGCUUGCCACCUCCUGCUGGAUCACAGGUUCCCUCUACUCACUGUUAAGUGUUGUUAGCAUCCUUUAUCAUCCCUUCUGUGGUCCCAGUUACAUUAACCAUUUCAUAUGUGAACUGCAAUUUGUGCUGAAAUUUUCAUGUGGUGAUAUAAAACUGACCAAAGCCAUACUAAAUGCUGUAGCAGCAUUUCUUGUUAUGAUGCCCCUUUCAGUUAUCUUAUAUUCCUACGGUCGCAUCCUAUAUUCAGUUACUCAAAUGCAGUCAGCUGCGGGGUGGCGUAAGGCUUUCUCCACCUGCAGUUCCCACUUUGUUGUGGUCACCUUGUUCUAUGGCUCCGUCAUCUCUAUCUACAUUAUUCCCCAGUCGACCUCAGAUCCUGAUCAGGACAAACAAAUUGCUGUCUUGUAUGUUGUGGUCACUCCCCUGCUUAACCCCAUCAUUUAUACCUUGAGAAAUAAAGAUGUCCAUAGGGCUAUGAGUAAGGUGAUGAAAGGAAUUGGCCUCAUAGACUGA